UCGCUGGGAGAGAAGACUUCGCGAUCAUUCAGAGAGGGUCCUGUGGCUUGCAUCUGCAUCCGCAGCAUUCUGCCUCCAUUUUCCCCAUCAUUUUCUCCGCUGCCGGAACUGAGUGGAGUCAAGAUGUGAACAUGAUGUAUGUUCCUAGCUGGGAUCUUUUCUCCCUCUACAUCUGACACGGACUUUCAAAACGCCAAAAACAGACAAUAGCAGCCUCUGUUUCCCAUCAUACCAUCCAUCAUUCCAUAUAAUGCUCUCUUCUGCUCGCCCUUCUGUGCCCCCUAGGCCCCGUCGCUUUGACAACCACAAACGUAACAAUGUGGUUGAACCAAAGUCUCUUGGUCAAGGUGUCAGUAGGGGGGACAAAAACAUGAACACCACCACCACUGCUACUUCCUCUUCCCUAUGCCGAGCCAGCAAGGUGCCUGCUGAGUCUUCCAGGUCAAGAAGGGGCGACCAAGUCCGUGCCAGUGUGGGUCAGCCCAAGGUAGACCAGCGAAAAAAUAGUAGCAUUCCAGUAAGGGCAAAACCCAAACCUAAAACUGGACAUUUACCGUGUGAUCCAAUCUCUCUUCCUGACCCAAAUUGUAAUGAGCCAAGUUUGCCUUGCUUGUGCUGUGAUGGGCACUCACCCCAGGACAGCAACAGCCUCUACAACCACAACUACAACAACAACAACACCAUUACCAUCAGACAACAGCUAGAACAACCAGCCCAAAAACAAAUCGGGGAGGAGACAUCUCAGAAGGCUAGGGACACACAAAAAGCUCCACAACAGCACAAGCAGCAACAAAAACAGCCGAGCAGUCCUCCGAAUGCCCCAGAGAGAGAGAAAGCAGUUGGGAAUGAAGAUACGGAUACCAAUGAAGGCGAUGACGAAGAUGACGAUGACGAAGACGAUGACACCCUAGUUCCCUCCUGCCGUGACUGCCCUCCCUCUCUUCUGGAAUUCUCCCUCACCUCCUCUACCUCCUCCUCCUCCACCUCUAUAAGCAGUUGCUCAGAUUUUGAGAAUGAUGGGCCUGACACUUUCUCACCCUCCUCCAAAGAGAUGCCCCCUGAACUGUCCCCACCAACUAACUCCCUAGCUUCCCUGCCUAAAAUGAUCCCCAUGGAUUCCUGUCCCCCUCCGCUACCACCCCUACCUCCCUGCUCCCCAGAUGAAGGAUACCCCUCUGCUCGAUCCUCUCCCUCUUCAGAUCUCCCAGAGAGUAAGCUGUCAUUGGCACAAAAAUGCACAAAACUAGAUUUCCUGGCCCUCUUGGAUUCAAUGGAUCAACUGGGCAAAAGAGAACACUUGAAUCAAGUGGUCCGAUUGGCUCGCUGGGAGAUGGAGGGUGAAGUGGAACUGAAGGAUCGACUCGGUCACUUGCAGAAGCUUGAGCAGGUAAACACACAAGUGAAGCUGGCUCACCUGGAAAGACUUCAAGAUGCUGGGGUAGAUUUGGGCGAAGAGUAUCUUUCAGAUGGCCUGGAUGGGAUGGGGAGCAUCGGUGAUCAGUGGAAACUGUACAAGGGGCAUGAUAUAUGUGACUCGCAGGAAUUCUCAGAUGCUGGAGUUGACAUGACAGCUCCCUCAGAUGUAGAUGAGCCCUCCCUCCCCGACUCACUUGCUCCCUCUCCCUUACAGCCACCCCCCAGGCCCCCCAAGCCACCUAUGAGACACAUGGACUCGCACACAGACACACACACAUACAUUAACAUUAGCAUCAACAGUGAUACCCAUAGCCCCCCCAUUGUCUCCUCCACAUCCUCUUCGAGCCCCUCAUUCAGUACGGUCUCUUCAGCCUCUUCCUCUUCCUCCUGUAAGCCUGAGAGCACCAUAAGGGUGCCUCCAUCCCUCCUUCCUCCUCCAUCACAGCCCCUCCCCUAUUUUAACUUUUACUCCACUAACCCCUCCCUGGCCUCACCCCCACCCCCAAUUCCUCCACCCCGGAGACGGCACAAAGCCCGGAUGGAAGCUCUCAGAUCUGCUGACCCCGAGGGCGAAAAAACACCCCUGUCCCUCCCUCCUCCCACCUCCCGACCCCCACCUCUUCCUCCCCCUCCUGCUCUUCCCUCACCUCCCGCCAUUCCUCCCCCUCCUUCGCUUCCGCCCCCUCCCUCUUUUCACGCCCUGGAUGCGGAGAUCCGCAAGCUGCUGGUGCUGGCCGGGCUGACCCAGGCUGAGCUGCUGAAGCUGAGCCCUGAGCUGGGGAAAAGGAGGACGGCGAGGGAAGAGAAGCUCAAGAAGGAGUAG